CAAAAAUGCCACUCAAUGGCCGGUGCUUGAGACGGGAAAUUGAAAACCCAAUGGAAAACGCCCGAUAGCUGUUGUUGCGACGACUUUAAAUCCUCGAAUCCGAUCUCUUCAAGUCGAUCGCGAGAGGAAGUGCUCCGGCGGCGAGGCCUUGGUCUCCGGUCAGAGAACAGGAUUGUAGCAGUUUCGCCUGAGGACCUCCGAUGCGAUUUAGGGCUUUGCGUUCAGAUACUUUGUGACGACGUCCUCGAAAGAAGCUCGAAAGGUGUUGCCGCAUUCGCCAUGGCCGCGCCGUUCUUCUCUACGCCUUUUCAGCCCUACGUUUAUCAGAGUCCUCAAGAUGCUGUCAUACCCUUCCAGAUUUUAGGUGGUGAAGCGCAGGUGGUCCAGAUAAUGUUAAAGUCACAAGAAAAAGUUGUUGCGAGACCUGGUUCUAUGUGCUUCAUGUCUGGGUCUAUUGAAAUGGACAAUGUUUAUCUACCCGAGAAUGAAACAGGCAUGUGGCAAUGGCUUUUUGGCAAGAAUGUGACAAGCAUAAUUCUUCGAAACCCUGGUCCUGUUGACGGCUUUGUUGGAAUAGCCGCACCUUCUCUUGCAAGAAUUCUCCCGAUUGACUUGGCUAUGUUUGGUGGAGAAAUUUUAUGCCAGCCAGAUGCAUUUCUUUGCUCUAUCAAUGAUGUGAAGGUCAGUAGUACAAUUGAUCAGAGAGCACGCCAUGUGGUCAUUGGUGCAGAGGGUUUUUUGAGACAGAAGCUCUCGGGCCAAGGACUUGCAUUUUUAGCCGCGGGUGGAUCUGUUGUGCAGAAGAAUCUAGAGGUCGGAGAAGUCUUAGCUGUCGAUGUAUCCUGCAUCGCUGCUGUAACUGGCACGGUCAAUAUCCAAAUUAAGUACAAUGGUCCCAUCAGAAGAGCGGUCUUUGGGGGUGACAAUCUUGUAACAGCUGUUCUGACAGGGCCAGGAAUCGUGUUCAUCCAGAGUUUGCCCUUUCAUAGACUUUCUCAGCGAAUCGCACGGGCUGUAACCUCUCCGAACAUGAGGGAGAACCCCAAGUUUUUCAUUCAGAUAGCCAUCUUCUUUUUUCUUGCUUAUGUUGUGAUUGUAUCUUCGCUGAUCUUGACAGAUGUGUAACUUUAGUUUUUUCCUUUCUUAGCCUGAUUUUUACCAGACCCUCUUUGUUCUUUCGAUUGAUCUUCAUGCAAGUUCAUCCUUUAUGGUAUAGGCAGGUAUAUGCAAAGAAGGAAUUUCAAUCGGUGUUUGAAGUUUUGAUGACCCUCGACCGUUGUUGUAGAUGAAACUUUGUGCUGAUCUCCUUUAUCUUUGGGUGCCUAACAAGAUGAAAUUUUGAACUUCCAUAUGUGUAAUUAUCUGGUUUCAUAACAGUGGUUUGGAUUCCUCGGGCUCCUUAAUAGC